UCUUUUGAAGUUUAUUUUGUGUUGCAUAUUUUUGUGGUUAGUUCUUUGCAAAAAAUUAUAUUUCCUGAAUCAACAUAAUGUUAUAAAAUGUCGAAUAGCAACGAAAGUGUGUACAAUUUUAAGAUUGUUCUUCUCGGAGAGGGUUGCGUUGGUAAAACAUCACUAGUGCUGCGUUAUGUUGAAGACAAAUUUAAUCCAAAACACAUUAGUACUCUUCAGGCGUCAUUCCUCAAUAAGAAAAUAAAUGUAAAUGGAAAGCGGAUAAAUCUGAGUAUUUGGGAUACGGCUGGUCAGGAGAGAUUCCAUGCUCUGGGUCCUAUCUACUAUCGCUCCUCCAAUGGGGCUAUCCUCGUGUAUGACAUUACGGAUGAGGAUUCAUUCCAAAAGGUGAAAAAUUGGGUGAAGGAAUUGAAGAAAAUGCUCGGAACGGAAAUCUGCUUAGCAAUUGCGGGUAAUAAGACCGACUUGGCGAAGGAUCGCAAUGUAUCCCUUGAAGUUGCGGAGCUUUAUGCAACUGGCGUCGGGGCGAAGCACUACGAAACAUCAGCUAAAAUGAAUGAAGGCAUCGAUGACCUUUUCCUUAAGCUAACCAACGACAUGAUUGAAGCCUACGAAGCAAAACAAGCCCAGAGCGCUGCCCUUUCGCCUUCAAAUUCAAUGAGACGAUCCCAAGCGCUCGUUGUAGAUGACAGCGAUGAUAGGGGGGAUGCGCAGCUGGACAAUAACUCCGGAAAUCCAGGUCGCUGCUGCUCCGGUGGUACGGCCAGUUAAGUAAGCCUGUUGUUUUUCCACACAGUUAUAUUUACUUUAAAAUUACAGCUUUUGUAAUAUUUAAAAACCCUUACGUAAAUAUUAUAUUUUAUUAAAUAUUAUAAUAA